CCUCACAAUCAGGUUGCUUAGGACCCAGUCACAAAACUCAGAAUAUACUCAGGCGUUACUGCGCAGUUAGUCGCCAUUUUAUAAACAAGUUGGACAGUAUGGUAGGCUACAGUUCGAAUCCAGGGUAUAACCCUCAAACUGCCAACCUCAAAUACAAUGUCAAACCUCAGGGAUCCCCAUCUGGAUCCCCUGCUUCCAAACAGAAGUCGAGCCUAAAUUUGAAUUCCCAAAUUUACAGCCAGAAAUCCUCUAAACCAAAGUCUCCAUCGACCAAGUCUCACCAGAGCAAUGGUUCUCCCAAGACCUUGCACAACAAGCAAUCUUCCUCUCCUCGUCCAAGGAAUUCUCCUUAUAACCUAACCAAGCAAUCUCCCUCUCCCUGUACCUUCAAGCAAUCCCCCUCUCCCCGCCCUCUCAUGGAACCCUCAUCCCCCAAGCCUAUUCCUGGAAAAAGAACCAGAAAUCCUUCCUCCUCCUCCUCUGUAAGCUCAAUGUCUAUCUCCCCCUCUCCUUCCUCCCGGUCCCUCUACUCCCCAUCUCGGUCCUCUCCGACAGUAUUUGCCUCCUCCACCUGCUAUCAACCUCCAGUAGCUGGAGCUCUACCCCUCCCUCCUCUUCAAUGGACUGGAAGAUGUGCUCCUGUACCUGUACUGGAUCCAACUGCACAGCUUAAACUUCUCCUCAAUGUGCAGUUUUAAUCAUAGACUGGUCGACCAUGGAAAUUAUAGGUUGAAACGUCACUGGUGAUCCCUCACAAUGUGCAAUCUCAAGAAGACUUCCUGAUGCAUUAUAAAAUUGGUAUUUUUCUACACUAUUUUCUACUCCAAACACUUCACCAGUGAUGUUAAUGAAACUUCGGCGAGAUAAAGGACUAAUGGAAUUCCCCAAGAAACGGCUGACAUAUUUUUACUUUUUUGAAUUAGUUAUUAAGCCUCGUGACCCGACCUUGUACAAAUAUUUAAACAACGUCGUCGAGAUCAGAUCCACG